CACAAAAAUGUGACUUCAAUGGGCCAUCUGUUGUAUAAAAGGGAUCUUGUUCUUCCUCUUAUUCCACACCGGGGUACACUUAACGCGCUUAAUCGAUAGACUACACAGGGAAAUGUUUAAGAGAAUGGGCAGAAAGUUUUCAACAUAUGCACCAAAGUUCAAAGGUGAGACUUACAAGUUUCAAGACCAGCUACCAUCGCUGCCAGUGCCAACAUUGGAGGCCACUAGGGCGCGCUACCUCAAGUCCAUAAAGCCAUUUGUUGCUUCUGAGCAGGAGUACAAGGAGCACGAGGCACUUGUGGACGACUUCUUCAAGACUCAGGCGCCAGCUCUCCAAGAGAGACUGACUGAGCUCCAGGCCACUUCCAGAAACUGGUUGUCUAAGUACUGGGAUGAUUAUGCCUACUUGCAGUACAACGACCCGGUUGUUCCAUACGUCUCGUACUACUACGGCCACAAGCCAUUGCCACACGAGUUGCGCUCAAUCGGUAAGAACCAGCUGUACAAGACCGUUGCUAUCAUUGAGAAGGUUACCGACUUCAUCGAGUUGUUGAAGAAUGAGACCCUGCCACCUGAGGUUAUCCGUGGUACCCCAUAUUGUAUGAAGUCCUUCCAGGUCAUGUUCAACAACUCUCGUUAUCCAAAGGAGUUGGGCCAGGACUCUAACGUUUUCUACUCCCUGGAGGAGAAUGGAUUCGUUGUUGUUAUCAAGAACAACCACUUCUUCAAGCUCUACACCCACAAGGGCCAGGAGAGAUUGCCAUCUUCCGAAGUGCACAAGCAAUUGAUUGAUAUUGUGAGAAUCGCCAACGGACUGCCAAAGGGUAAAGCUGUUGGUGCAUUGACCACUUUGCCAAGAGACCAAUGGUUCCAUGCCUACCAGGAGUUGAACAAGUCCCCAAUUAACGUUGCCUCUAUUACUGAUAUUCACAAGUCCGCUUUUAUCAUCACUUUGGAGGAUGAACAACCGGUUACCUACGAGGACAGAGCUCACUUUGCAUGGCACGGAAAUGGUGAAAACAGAUUCUUUGACAAGCCAAUCCAAUUCUUUGUUGCAAAGAACGGAUACUCUGCUUUCAUCGCUGAACACUCCAAGAUGGAUGGUACUCCAACACUUUUGUUGAACGAAGUAGUCAACAGAGAGUUGCACAAGCUGAACCCACAGGAAUUCUUGAAAUCUUUGGAAUUUGGCAUCUCUGAGCAAGGCUCUGUUGAAGCCAGGCACUUGAGAUUCGAGGUUUCUCCAGUUGUUGAGAGUGCAAUUGCAGAUGCAAAGGCAAACUUCAAGAGUGAGAUUGACAACCACGAUGUGUCUGUGUUCCACUACAACAAGUACGGUAAGAACCAGAUCAAACAAUUCAAGACGUCGCCAGAUGCUUUUAUCCAAAUGAUCAUCCAAUUGGGUUUCUACAAGAUGUCCGGUACUGUUUGGCCAACUUAUGAGGCUGCAUCUACCAGAAAGUUCUACGGUGGUCGUACCGAAGCUACUCGUUCUGUCUCUGAGGAGUCUCUCAGAUUUGUUCAAAACUGGGAGAACCCAUCUGUCUCUGAUGCUCAAAGAGCUGCUGAUUUCCAAGAGGCUGUCAAGUCCCACAUGGAGUACAUCAGAGCAGCAUCUAACGGUGAAGGUUGUGACCGUCACUUGCUCGGUCUCAAGUUCCAGUUGAAGGAUGGCGAGAAGCCGCACCCAUUGUUCUCCGACCCAUUGUUCAACUACUCCUCGACUUGGCUCAUCUCCACUUCGCAACUGUCAUCAAACUACCACGAUGCCUACGGCUGGAGCGAAGUCAACCCUAUUGGCUGGGGGCUGGCUUACCAAGUCAACAACGACUUCUUGCACAUCAAUGUCUGUACAAGACGUUCGUCCGGCAAUGACUCCAAGACCUUGAGAUUCUACUUGGAGGAGGCGGCCACUGAGAUCUUUGAGGUUUUGAUCAAGCAACAAAAGCCUAAGCUAUAGAGCAUCUCACCUGUCUGUAUAGGAUAAAGAGUCCAUGAAUCACUUUCUCUGUAACUUGCUUCUCUCAAUAUCACAUUCUGUAGAAUAAAUGCUCAUUCAGAGCCUGCCAAUGCUAUAAUACCCCGUGCCAAUUGGGUGCUGUGGCUUGUCAAAAUUAGCUCAGUUCCCCUUCUAUGAU